AUGGAUUUUCUCCAACGUCUUGCGCGGUUCCUGGACCGGCCGCUCUUCCCAUGGAAGCGCCUCAUCCUCGGCUUCUCCAUCGGCCAGUUCAUCUUUGAGAGCCUGCUCUCGCUGCGCCAGUACCAGGUCUUGAAGAAAAACAAGCCGCCCAAGGUGCUCGAGCAGGAAGUCUCCCAGGAAGUUUUCGACAAGUCGCAAGCCUACAACCGCGCCAAAGCCGAGUUUGGUUUCAUCAACAAUCUCUGGGGUCAGAUCCAGAACAUCGCCUUCAUCCAAUUCGACGUCCUCCCCAAGUUAUGGUCCUGGUCCGGUAACCUGCUGCUGAAGUUCGCGCCGCAGCGCUUCACCGGCGAGAUUUCCCAGUCCAUCGUCUUCGUCCUCGCUUUCAUCAUGAUCCAGCAGGUCCUCUCACUGCCCACCUCCAUCUACCAGACCUUUGUGCUCGAGGAGAAGUUUGGCUUCAACAAGCAGACACCCAAGCUUUUCAUUACCGACAUGAUUAAAUCUCAGUUCCUCACUUUCGUUAUUGCGCCUCCCGUUCUGGCCGGUUUCCUCUCCAUUGUCAAGAAAACGGGCAACCAGUUCUUCUUCUACCUCUGGGCGUUUGCCGCUGGCCUGCAGGUCUUCAUGAUCACCAUCUACCCGGUCGCCAUCCUGCCCUUGUUCAACAAGCUGUCGCCUUUGGAAGAAGGCGAGUUGAAGAACAGCGUCGAGAGCCUCGCCAAGAGCUUGAAAUUCCCUCUUCACGAACUUUACGUUAUCGACGGAAGCAAGCGCAGCGCUCACAGCAACGCCUACUUCUUUGGUCUUCCCUGGAAGAAGCACAUUGUCAUUUACGACACCCUCAUCGAGAAGAGCGAUGCCCAAGAGGUUGUUGCUGUUCUUGCCCACGAGCUUGGCCACUGGAGCCUUGGCCACACCACCCGUCUCUUUGGAAUCUCUCAGGCCCACUUUCUCUACAUAUUUGCCCUCUUCUCUGUCUUCAUUAGCAACCAAUCGCUUUACGCCGACUUUGGGUUCCUCAAGGAGCACCCCAUCAUCGUCGGCUUCAUCCUCUUCUCUGAUGCUCUCUCGCCCAUGGACACCGUCGUCAAGCUGCUCAUGAACAUUUUGAGCCGCAAGUACGAGUUCCAGGCUGAUGCCUUUGCCCAAAAGCUUGGCUACUCGGCUGAGCUGGCCCGCUCCCUUCUCAAGCUCCAGAUCCAGAACCUCAGCUCGAUGGACGCCGACUGGAUGUACGCGACCUACCACUUUUCUCACCCUCACUUGUCCGAGCGCCUCAAGGCCCUUAACUGGAAGUCUACCAACAAGGUUACGACGGAUGAGCCGACGGUUGCAAAGACGUCGGGAAGAGAUGAGUUGUAG